UAAAACUGCGGAAUCCGCCGCGAGUUUGCGUUGGCGACGUCGGCGUCUUCCGGCAGCACUUGGUCCGUUCGCAGCCUCAAUGGACUCUUUUCCGGUUAGGGGGACAAAAUGACUGGCUUCAGUGAAAAGCCAAUCCUUAUCGAUGGCCGUGGCCAUCUCCUUGGUCGUUUGGCGGCUAUCAUCGCCAAGACCAUCCUGCAAGGAAACAGAGUGAUCGUUGUUCGAUGCGAGCAGCUCAACAUCUCUGGUAACUUCUUCAGGAACAAGCUGAAGUUUAUGUCAUUCCUUCGCAAGAGGUGUAAUGUGAAUCCUGCCCGUGGACCCUUCCACUUCCGUGCUCCCAGCAAGAUCCUGUGGAAAACCGUUCGUGGAAUGAUCCCACACAAAACACAGAGAGGUAAGGAUGCUCUCAGGAGACUAAAGACGUACGAAGGCUGCCCUCCACCUUACGACAGGAGGAAACGUGUCGUUGUUCCUGGAGCAAUGAGAGUCAUGUGCCUGAAACCAGGCAGGAAGUACUGUCACGUUGGACGUCUUUCACAUGAAGUUGGAUGGAAAUACAAGGCAGUGGUUCGUACCCUUGAGAACAAGAGGCGCGUCAAGUCCAUCGUUGAAGUACAAAAGAGGGACAAGCUCAAGAAACUUACCAAGCAAGCUGGUGAAGCAGUUGCAAAACAGACGGCGCCCUACACACAAAUUAUUAACAGCUUUGGAUAUAAUUAAGACCUUUGUUAUAAGGAUAAUAAAAAGCCUUAUAAACUUUAUAAA